AUGUCUCUCAAGGCGCUUCUCGUCUCCUCACUACUUGCGGUCUCCACGGUCGCAACGGACUACUCGUCCUGGGGCAGCAGUGGCGGUGGAGGUGGCUCCUGGGGCGGUAGCAAGGGCCCUGACUCUGGCUCGUGGGCAGCAGCAGCAUCUUGUCCGGCAGGCUGUCAACCAAUCCCAACAAGCUCCGCGCCGCCGCCGCCUGCCUCGACCGGUGCCGGCGAGUUGAUCGUGCAAGUCGUGUCGGUCGCCGACGCCAACGGCUCGUUGAAAUACUUCCCCAACCAGAUCGAAGCCCCGAUCGGCUCGGUCGUGCAAUUCCAAUUCCACCCAAAGAACCACACCAUCACCGAAUCUAGUUUCGCUUCUCCCUGCAAACCCCUUGCCGCCAAUUUGACUUCGCCGACCCGACCGGGCAUAAAAUCUGGCUUCGUCCCCGUCACCGGCAAAGAAGACUUCACGCCCGUCUACAACGUGCUGAUCAACGACACCAAGCCCAUCUGGAUCUUCUGCGGCCAGACAAACCACUGCCAGAAGGGAAUGGCCAUGGUGAUCAACCAGAACAGCAGCUCGCCCAACACCAUCGACAAGUACAUCGCCAACGCGAUGCAGUUGCCUUUAGCCAACGCGACCGCUGCUCCACCCGUUUCGAGCAGCAGUGUUGCCUCGAUUUCGAUCGCCCCUCCUCCGGCACCCACAGAGUCCUUUACCUUCGGUGGCGCUCCUGGGGCUGUCAGCAGCAGCUCCAUCGUCCAGGCGCCUCCGCCGGCUGAGACCAUAGCAACUCCCGCAGCUACCACGACCGCCGCCGCGCAGCCUGCUACCUUCACCGGCGCGGCAGUUGCACGGUUGCAGGCUGGUGAUAUCUCGUCUGUGGCUGGUUUGGUUGUCGGUGCAGUUCUGGCUUUGUGGUAA